GGGGUUAAGUACAGUAGAUUUAUUACGUUUUCAUCGACGCUGUUGUGUGGUUUGCCUUCAAUUUUAUCAGUCUUGCUAAUAACAAAUUACACAGGGACUUUGCGAAAUAGACAGUGCAAGGGAUCAAGUCGCUUCGAAAAGGCGACUUGAUCGGUCAGAAACUGUAGCUAGCUAGCUAACGUUAGCUUAUCUCGGUCAAAGUAAAUCUGUCAAAAGCGAUGCCGCUGCAAUCCAUGUCAGACGGAUUCAGGGGAUCUUUGGACUUGAUGUCGUCUCAUUUAAUCGGCAUAAGCAGUUUUUCGAUAAAAACUUUAACGAUAAAUCAAUCUUGUACGAGCAUCUUUUUAAAUUGCUGAAGUUUAGGAAGUAACUACUCUGACAGUCAGUGCUAGCUAACUUGCUGGGACAGCAUAUGCAUAGCAACAACAACAAAUCUGUUGCGUAUCCUCGCCCGCUAAGAGAAACCUCAUCAGUGAAAUUGGUGAAGAAGACAUUUCAGUUCCACAAAGAGCGUCGACGUUAUCUUUGGCAGCAAUGAAACUGUUAGAGAACAGCAGUUUUGAAGCCCUGAGCUCUCAACUCUGUGCUGAAACGGGAGAGUCUCGCAUCCUUGGCAGGAUCGAGAGCUACUCCUGCAAGAUGGCUGGUGAUGACAAGCACAUGUUUAAGCAGUUCUGCCAGGAGGGGGAACCACAUGUCCUAGAGGCCCUCUCGCCCCCCCAGUCCAGCGCCACCAGCCCACCCCAACUGGGGAAGAGCAGUGAGGAUGGUGAGAACCCUCUGAGUGACAAGUGUUGCAGGAAGACAUUGUUCUACCUCAUCACCACGCUCAAUGAGUCAUUCAGGCCCGACUAUGACUUCAGUGCAGCUCGGGGCCACGAGUUCAGCCGGGAGCCCAGCCUCAACUGGGUGGCGAAUGCAGUAAACAGCAGCCUGUACUCAUCAGUUGGAGUGGAGUUCAACUCCCUGGGGCCAGAGCUGUGGAACUCCAUCGACAAGGAAAUUAGCCUGCAGGAAUGUGACAUAUACAGCUACAAUCCUGACCUGGACUCAGACCCCUUUGGUGAGGAAGGCAGCCUCUGGUCCUUCAACUACUUCUUCUACAACAAGAGGCUGAAGAGGAUUGUAUUCUUCACCUGUCGCUCCAUCAGUGUCCUGAGUGGGUAUGGCCGCGAUUGUCUGGACAAUGAGUUGGACAUGGAGCUGAAUGAUGAUGAUGAGGAGGAGAUUGAGGGAUUCACUGAGGACAGGUUCCCCAAAGCUCUCUGUGUCUAACGCUCUCCAGAUGGAAGACAAGCCCAUGCAGGCCAAAGAUGUAGGCCUACACAUCCUCCCCGUUUGUUUUCUUUUCAUCUGUUUUUUUCUGUCUCAAUGUUCUGUAGAGCCUGACCCAGAAAGCCAUUUGCGCAUUUAGAGGAAGGAUAUUUUUUCCCCCCAUUGACAAGUGCAUGUUUCACACCUUUCACAUCAGCUGGAUCCAAACAUACCGUGAAGGACAUUUUUGAAAUGCCCAUGGAAUCUAGGGUCUCGCGUUUAUUGUGCUCUCUAUCCUCCAUCAUGGUCCCUAACCUAAGAACUGACCUGUGCCUGGUUAUUUGAUGGAAGGACCUUCCUCUGAACCCCAAGGCCUUUCGAACCACAACCUCGACUCCAAACCAGCCUCUGCUUGGACGCUGCACUCUGAAAGAAACCUAUUGGACCGGUCUUGGGAGAUUUAUGGUCAAGAGAGACCAUGGACAGCUAACCCUGACAAGCACAUUUUCUGUUAUUGAAGAUAUUAUUAUUAUUAUUAUUAUAAGAUCCCAGCAAAUGGUGUCACAGAAAUCACUGUGUAAAUGGAGAUGAUUAAGUCCACAGUCCAACACCAGCAUCAAUGAGAUUCAUGGAAGGGGUGGGUCUAAUUACAUAAAUGUGAAAGUCCAAUCCCACGCCUCCACACUGGGUAAAGGGUGAUACAACGAGAGCCAAUUCAAUUGAGUCUAUCCAGCUGACUUCCAUUUGUGACUGCUUACUUCUAGGUGUGGCUUAUGUUUGACAGUGACGUUACUAUGAGAACUGAACUUUUAUAGCACUUGAGUUUUGAAACAAAUGCUGCAUUUGUAAUGGUACCUUGUAUUGUGUUAUGUUGAAUCUACUGAAAAAAUAAACUCAAUACAAUGUUUAUUUUAAUUUUUUUAAGUAUUAAGUAUCUACAACUUCCGUGGAUGUGAAAUUGAGAUGGCACUGCCAAAGAAAAGCAAUAUAACAGACUUGCAGCUUAUACAACAUAUCACUUUCAUGAGACUCACAUUGUUCUGUCUAUCAAUAACCAUAUUCCCUCAAUGUGUGAUUUGUUUCUCUUCGGUUACCUCAAUCAUAUUGUAAAACUGUACCCGUAUUCCACUGCUACAAACGCAUCCAUUUAGUUUAUGCUCUGUUAAACUUGAGAAAGGCUUUGGUUUUAUGUGCAACUGCAUGUACUGAAGCAGCAAAGUCAUCAGCGAUAUUUCCAGUAAUGGUUAAUGUACUACAGCAUUUUUUGAUCAAAAUACCCUUUUAUUGAUGACCUAUGUUCAGUACCUGUUUUGAUUAAACAAUAUGUUAAUAAAGUUUUGUUUGAACCAAAA